GGACCCGCUGUGCAUUAUGGGCACGAGCUCCUCCCCACGUGUCUGUGUGGAGCAGAGUCAACAUGGUGCAUCCUGAGUUCAUCUGAGUGGGACUGUACUCGUCCGGGCUCGACUGUCCACAACUCACACGGAUGAGAUAGCCAAGGCUGUGCUGUGAAGUGUGCAGGUCGGAUCCCUGAGAUCUUCUGCCCGGGCUCCUCUGUGUCAUCGCGCCCCCUCGCUCUGAUCACAUCAACAUGGCCAGCGGGGACGACGAUGACCCCAUUAUAGAAGAGAUUGAUGUGUAUCUUGCCAAAAGCCUCGCGGAUAAGCUGUAUCUCUUCCAGUAUCCGGUCCGACCAGCCACUAUGACCUAUGACGAUGUCAACCACUUGGCUGCUAAGAUCAAACCCAAACAGCAAAGGGUUGAGUUGGAAAUCGCCAUCGACACAAUGAGUCCGAACUACUGUCGCAGUAAAGGAGAGCAAACGGCCUUGAACGUGGACGGGACGGGCUACGACGAGACCAACACCUACUCCACCAAACUGAUGGACAAACAGACGUUCUCCUCCAUCCAGGCCACCACCAACACCUCCAGAUACGCAGCCGCUGUGUUUCGCAAAGGUGAGCUUCAUGUCACCCCUCUUACGGGAAUCCUUCAGAUGAGGCCCAGCUUCUCUUACCUGGACAAGGCCGACAAUAAAACCAGAGAGAGGGAGGCGGCAAACGAAGGUGGAGACUCCUCUCAGGAUGAAGCUGAAGAGGAAGCGAAAGCCAUCACGGUGAGGUUUGCUCGUCCGGAGUCGGAGCAGGCCCGGCAGAGGAGGAUCCAGUCGUACGAGUUCCUCCAGAAGAAGCAGGCGGAGGAGCCCUGGGUCCACCUGCAGUACCACGGCGUCAAGGACGGGCGCUCGGAGCACGAGAGGCAGUAUCUGUUCUGUCAGACAGCGGACGCCUCGGAGAACUCUGAACUCGUCAAAACUCCAAAGGAGUACCUGACCAUGCUGAUGCCCCCUCUUGCAGAGGAGAAGGCCGUGAAGCCUGUCGGUCCCAGUAACGUUCUGUCCAUGGCUCAGCUCCGCACGCUGCCGCUAGGAGAGCAGGUCAAGACCCUGAUGAAGAACGUUAAAGUGAUGCCGUUCGCUAACCUGAUGGGCCUCCUCGCCUCCGGCACCGACUCCACCUCAGUGCUGCGCUGCAUCCAGCAGGUGGCGCUGCUGGUUCAGGGGAACUGGGUUGUCAAGAGUGAUGUUCUGUAUCCUAAAAACACCUGCAGUCCACACAGCGGCGUCCCAGCUGAGGUGCUCUGUCGAGGCAGAGACUUUGUGAUGUGGAGGUUCACUCUGGAGCGCUCGGUGAUGAGGAAGGAGAUAACGGCCAUCAUCAAACUUCCUCCAGAGGAUGUGAAGGAGUUCCUCGAGCAUGUGGCAGCUCCUCGCGUCAACCGGGGCUGGGAGUUCCUGUUGCCGACCGACUUAGACUUCAUUAAGAAACACCCAGAUGUUGCCCACAGGCAGCACAUGCUGUGGCUCGGCAUCCAGAGCAAGCUGGAGAAGGUGUUUAAUUUCUCUAAAGAAGACUUCACGCCAAAGAUCACCUCCCAGCCCGAGCCGGUCCACGUCAGCGGGGAGCAGCGGCUGAGGGCGGCCCAGGAGCGGGCGCAGGCGAACCAGCCGGCGCUGCAGAAGGAGCUGGACGCCCGACGAGGAGGAAACGGCGUCCACGUCAAACAGGAGCUGCUGGACGAGCCGAUGGACACCUCCUCCCCCUGCUCGUCCUCCUCCCCCUCCAUCCCCAACGGUUCUGUCAACGGUUACCCCAGCGCCACCUCCCCCGACUUCGACCACGCCAACGGAGGGAGCCCCGGCAACGCGCCGGCCCCGGAGCUGCAGGACUUUGUGAUAAAUACUUUCCGGAAGCAUUUUGUACUGACGCUGAACGAGCUAAAGAGGCUGUUUAACCUCCACCUGGCUUCGAUACCGGCGGGACGGAGCGUGUUCCCCUCCAUCUCGGACCACAUGCUACAGGACGCCAUACUGCACUGCCAGUGCAAACAGAUAAUGGUGCCUUUUCCUGCUCAGAGCACGGCGGCCCACGACGAGCAGAAAGUAUUCGGCGUGUGGGAGACCGGAGACGACUUCGACAAGCAUCGUCGGCUCCUCUACGAAGUCUUCACCAAGAGCUACCGGGUCAGGAGGAACAUAAUACAAGCCAGACUGACGCAGGAGUUGGGAGACGUGUCUAAAGCCGACAUGGACCGGCUGCUGAGCGAGUGCUGCAGCAGCCACGCAGGGAUGUGGUACCUCAAGGGAACGAUACAGUCCUGACCCCGAGAGCCUGCCCCCCUGCGGUCACCGUCAACCAAUCAAAUCCUCGACCGGGCGUCCGGUGGGAGGGCAGUCGAGACGUGAAAAGAGCCGAUCACCUGCAGCAGCAGCAGCAGCAGCUGCAGCAGCUCGUCCAGCUCUCAGAGCCGGCGACUGGAGGACAAAGAUGUCAGCCGCGUGCUCCGAAACAUUUCUCCAUCCAGCCCGAAGCAUUUCUGAUGCAGCGGGAGGAUAAAAAAAAUAAAAAUAAAUAAACAUUAAAAAAAAAAAA